GGGGCAUCAUGGCCGCCCCCAGGGCGCCGCGUCCGGGGGCUUCUGGGUGUUUCGCUGACCGGCAGCUCCGCCACUGCGGACCCGCCCUCUGCCCUCCCCAGCCGAGCCUUGGUCGGGCCCGGGCAGCUCUGCGAGGCGGCGGCCGGAGAGGGAAUCAUGGGGACCGUGCACGCUCGGAGCUUGGAGCCUCUUCCAGCUAGUGGACCUGACUUUGGAGCGUUAGGGGAAGAAGCUGAAUUUGUUGAAGUUGAACCUGAAGCUAAACAGGAAAUUCUGGAAAACAAAGAUGUGGUGGUUCAGCACGUUCAUUUUGAUGGACUUGGAAGGACUAAAGAUGAUAUCAUCAUGUGUGAAAUUGGAGAUGUUUUUAAGGCUAAAAACCUUAUUGAGGUAAUGCGGAAAUCUCACGAAGCCCGUGAAAAAUUGCUUCGUCUAGGAAUAUUUAGACAAGUGGAUGUUUUGAUUGAUACGUGUCAAGGUGAUGACGCGCUGCCCAACGGCUUAGACGUUACCUUUGAGGUCACCGAACUGCGGAGACUGACGGGCAGUUACAACACCAUGGUUGGGAACAAUGAGGGCAGCAUGGUCCUUGGCCUCAAACUCCCUAACCUUUUAGGCCGUGCGGAGAAGGUGACUUUUCAGUUUUCCUAUGGAACAAAAGAAACUUCUUAUGGCCUGUCCUUCUUCAAACCGCAGCCCGGAAACUUCGAAAGAAAUUUCUCCGUAAACUUAUACAAGGUCACUGGACAGUUCCCCUGGAGCUCGCUGCGGGAGACGGACAGAGGAGUGUCAGCAGAGUAUAGUUUUCCCAUCUGGAAGACCAGCCAUACCGUCAAGUGGGAAGGCGUGUGGCGGGAGCUGGGCUGCCUCUCAAGGACGGCGUCUUUUGCAGUCCGAAAAGAAAGUGGGCACUCGCUGAAAUCGUCUCUCUCGCACGCGAUGGUCAUCGACUCUCGGAACUCUUCCAUCCUACCAAGAAAGGGUGCCUUGCUGAAAGUGAACCAGGAGCUGGCAGGCUACACCGGAGGGGACGUGAGCUUCAUCAAAGAAGAUUUUGAGCUUCAGUUGAACAAACAACUCAUACUCGAGUCAGUCUUUUCAGCAUCUCUCUGGGGUGGAAUGUUGGUCCCCAUCGGUGAUAAACCGUCCAGUAUCGCUGAUAGGUUCUACCUCGGGGGACCGACGAGUGUGCGCGGGUUCAGCAUGCACAGCGUUGGGCCACAGAGCGAAGGCGACUACCUGGGUGGAGAAGCCUACUGGGCCGGCGGCCUGCACCUGUACACCCCGCUCCCUUUCCGGCCUGGCCAGGGCGGCUUUGGAGAACUUUUCAGAACACACUUUUUCCUCAACGCAGGAAACCUCUGCAACCUCAACUACGGGGAGGGCCCCAAAGCUCACAUUCGUAAGCUGGCUGAGUGCAUCCGCUGGUCGUACGGUGCCGGGAUCGUCCUCAGGCUCGGCAACAUCGCCCGGCUGGAACUUAAUUACUGCGUCCCCAUGGGCGUGCAGAGGGGUGACAGGAUAUGUGAUGGCGUCCAGUUUGGAGCCGGCAUCCGCUUCCUGUAGCUGCCGCGGAGCGUCCUGCAGCCCCCGGGGGGAGCUCUGGCCCUGAGCCGCAGCGAGUCACUCGGUGCCACACACUUUCUCUCCAAACGAACACGUUUGGGUGAUUCUUUGAGUCUGUGUGCCUCCGUGUCAAUAAAUUUUAAAGGCAAGGACUCA